ACUACAUCUUCCUUAUCAGGCAACAUUGAAGUUAAAUGUUUGACAACUCCACUAGCUAGUUGGUCUGGUCUGUGUAGUUAAAUACUAGGAACUACAGCAAGAUUCCUGCAAUUAUUUGGAAAGUUUGGACAGGUCAACGGAAACAAGUCAAGAGAACAUCUCAAGAUUGGGGUCUUAGCUAUAAUAAGCAGAAGCCUCGGAGAGAUGAGAUAAAACUCAAAAGAGAAACCGAUUUAGAGAGACUAAAAGCAGGUGUGAGAAAAGAGAGAUGGAGAAGAUGAAGUUGCAAGAGGGUCUGAUCUUCGUGGCUAUUUUCUUCCUUGCUUAUACGCAGCAGCUGGUCGGGGGGCAACCUCAACCUCACGAGGGUUGCCAAACUAGAUGUGGUAAUGUCACUAUAGAGUACCCGUUUGGCACUUCUCCAAGAUGUUACUAUGCUGAAGAUCCUAGUUUCAAACUCACUUGUAACGAGACAGAGAAGCUACUCUUUGGCAACAUUCCAGCUAUCAACAUUUCUCACAAUGGCGAGCUACGUGUUCGGGUUCCCCCUUCCUACUCUUGCUACAAUAGCCGAGGAAAUUCGAGUGGUUCGCUAUACCAUACUAUUAGGCUGGUUAAUUUAAGUCUCUCCACCAAGAACAGGUUUACUGCAGUAGGCUGCAACACUUACGCAUUUUUGAGCACCUACGGAGUUGCAAAUCACUCAUUUGGAUGCAUGUCAAUGUGUGAUUCUCCUCCAGAGGCAAAUGGAGAAUGUUCUGGUAAAGGUUGUUGCGAGAGUUCUGUCCCUAGGGGGAGCAACUUCUUCGGAGUCCAACCAUAUAGCUUUAACAACAACACUUCUGUGCAUAGCUUUAAUCCUUGCAGCUAUGCGUUUCUCGUCGAAAAUGGUACAUUUAACUUCGAUGCGUUGGAGGAUCUUAAGAAUCUGCGUAAUGUCACAGACUUCCCUGUGGUAUUAGAUUGGUCCAUUGGAAAACAAACAUGCGAACAAGUUGGAAACACGAGCAUAUGUGGUGGGAAUAGCACAUGCUUCGACUCUACUCGUGGAGUCGGGUAUAACUGUAAAUGUUUUGAAGGUUUUGAGGGGAAUCCAUACCUUUCAUACGGCUGUCAUGACAUUGAUGAGUGUACUAGUAGUAGACAUAACUGUUCGGAUCCCAACACCUGUAGAAACAAGGUUGGAGGCUUCUAUUGUAAGUGCCAAUCUGGUUACCACUUAGAUACCAACACUAUGAACUGCAAGCGUAAAGACGUUGGAUGGACUAUAAUUCUUCUUGGAACCAUCAUCGGCUUCUUGGUCAUCCUGCUUGUCGUUAGCUUUAUAAAACAGAAAAUGAAGCACCAUAAAAACACUGAGCUCCGACAAAAAUUCUUCGAGCAAAAUGGAGGUGGCAUGUUAAUACAACGACUCUCAGGAGCAGGGCCAGCAAACGUUGAUGUUAAAAUAUUUACUGAGGUAGGCAUGAAGGAAGCAACUAAUGGUUAUGAUAAAAGUAGAAUCUUGGGUCAGGGAGGCCAGGGAACAGUCUACAAAGGGAUAUUACCAGAUAACUCCAUAGUUGCUAUAAAGAAAGCUCGACUUGGAGACAAUAGUCAAGUAGAGCAGUUUAUCAACGAAGUGCUCGUGCUUUCUCAAAUUAACCACAGGAACGUGGUCAAGCUUUUGGGCUGUUGUCUAGAGACUGAAAUUCCCUUAUUGGUCUAUGAGUAUAUUACCAGUGGUACCCUUUUUGAUCACUUGCACGGUUCAUUGUUUGAUUCUUCUCUUACAUGGGAACACCGUCUGAGGAUAGCCAUAGAAGUCGCUGGAACUCUAGCGUAUCUUCACUCUUCUGCUUCUAUUCCAAUCAUCCACCGUGAUGUCAAGACUGCUAAUAUACUCUUGGAUGAAAACUUGACUGCAAAAGUAGCUGACUUUGGUGCAUCAAGGCUGAUACCAAUGGAUAAAGAGCAGCUCACAACUAUGGUGCAAGGCACUCUCGGCUACUUAGACCCAGAAUACUUCAACACAGGGUUGCUAAACGAAAAGAGCGAUGUUUAUAGUUUUGGGGUGGUCCUCAUGGAACUUCUCUCAGGUCAAACAGCAUUGUGCUUUGAACGGCCACAAACCUCGAAACAUUUAGUGAGUUACUUUGCUUCUGCCAUGAAAGAGAAUAGAUUGCAUGAGAUUAUUGAUGGGCAAGUAAUGACCGAGGAAAAUCAGAGGGAGAUCCAUGAAGCUGCAAGAGUUGCUGUUGAAUGUACAAGAGUGACGGGAGAGGAAAGGCCAAGGAUGAAAGAAGUAGCUGCAGAGUUAGAGGCCUUGAGAGUCAAAACAACUAAAUUUAAGAGGUCGGAUCAGUAUCCUGAAACAGAGGAGAUUGAAAACUUGCUUGGCGUUCAAAUCUUAACAACACAAGGCGAUACAAGUAGCACUGGCUAUGACAGCAUCAAUAAUGUACCAAUAUUGGACAUUGAAGCUGGCCGCUGAUGUAUCUCUUUUGUUUGUUAAAAAAAGAAUCCUAGUUCUUUGUUACUUCAUUAAUUAUAUUUGUUUUGAGACAUAUUUGUGUAUAUCAUUCAUCUAUAAACAUGCUCAUAUGCCUCUUUA